AUGCCCGGCCGGGGCAGCCCUGCGGCCCGGUGCCGCCGCCGCUGCGAGCCGGGGGACUCGGCGUCGCGGGGGAGGCGCGGCUGCUCCGUGCGGGCCCGGGGCUCCGGGGGCAGCGCAGGUGUCCCCCGCGCCGCUCGCAGUCCGCGUUCUCUCCGCGUUGCCCCGUUUCCCUUCGUCCCGCGGCCCUGUGCCCCUUUCCGUGCCCUGACCUCCCGGUGCGGGCUCCGCUCCCGGCGGCUCCCGGGGGCGGCGGCAGCUCUGCCCUCAGCUCCCCCCGCGCUUUGCUCCGCAGGCACGCCGGGAGUCGGCAAAACCACGCUGGGGAAGGAGCUGGCGUCCAGAGCGGGGCUGAGCUACGUCAACGUGGGGGACCUGGCCAAGGAAGGAGAGCUGUACGAAGGCUUUGAUGAGGAGUACAACUGCCCCAUCCUGGACGAGGACAGGGUGGUGGACGAGCUGGAGCCGAGGAUGGGCCAGGGCGGGGUGGUAGUGGAUUACCACGGCUGCGAUUUCUUCCCCGAGCGCUGGUUCCACGUCGUGUUCGUGCUGCACACCGACAACUCCUGCCUGUACGAGCGGCUGCAGCGCAGGGGCUACACGGGCAAGAAGCUGCAGGACAACAUCCAGUGUGAAAUCUUUCAGACUCUGUAUGAGGAGGCUGUGCUGUCCUAUAAAAAGGAAAUUGUGCACCAGCUACCCAGCAACACUCCAGAGGACCUGGAGAGAAAUUUGGAUCAGAUUAUGCAAUGGAUUGAGCAAUGGAUGAGGGACAACAACUGACUUGUGGUGAAACAGUAACUGCUGGGUCUCUUCUUGGGAGGGAGGGUUUAAUAAAUUAUAUUCGUAGUUCCUGUAUUGUAAAUGAACGUGAAUUUUGUUGUAACUGCCUGGAAGUAGAAGAAGGUUGAUAGGAUUUGUACCAGCACCCUGAGGGGCUGCAGGAGAGCUGAUGCAAUGGCUGAAAGGAUGAAAAUGAGGCGGCUGUCCUGAGAAGCAGAGCUGUGCUCAGUAACUGAGAAUUCUUUAGACUUCACAAUUGAAGCCAAACCAUGAAUUCCCUGUGAGAAAACGGUAAAAUCCUGACAACAAGUGACAGUUGAGGCACGUUUGAUUUCCAGAGUGUGGAGCAGUGUCCUGGAAAGGAGUUGGUUUGAUGCUGAGUUGUGAGACUAAAAGCUGCUGUGCUCCACUGUGGGGUGGGCGUGGGGGGACAAUGCAGAGUGAGAGGGUUUGGUGCAGGGUAAGGGGGGUCCUUAGCUUGGGAGGGAAAAUAAAUUAUGUGAGAGUUACUUUAGAAUGAUUGCACGGAGCUUUGGGGAUUCCUUCGUGUGUAAGGAGACAUCACUGUGUGAGCACCGGUGUGGGGUGUUGAACAAUAAACUUCAUUUUUCCUUUUUCCCAGUCAUGGGAAGAGGCCGUGUGAGGACAGACCCGCAGGGAUCCCCGGUGGUCUCGGGUGCAGCAGGAGCUGCUCUGGCUGCUGUUAGAGCCUGGGCCCCAGGGGGGCAGGGCUGCACAGGGAACAGGAAACCUGUCCUCAGAGAAAAGCUGCCUGCAAGGAAAGCCUUGUGAAACAUCCUGUAGGAAGUGCUUGCUUACAAACCCUUUGUGUACACGAGUUUGGGUAGUAAAACAACUUUCCUGAAAAA